AUGGAGGUCCGGGCACUUCAAGGCUCCGAGAAGCUGCAACAAGUAACGGAGCUCUUCGGCCUGCUCGAAAAGGACUUGAAGGACAAGUCCCUCACCUCUUCUCAUCGGGUGCAAGUACUUUUGCAGUUGAGACUCCACGGCACUAAUCCGGAUAAUGCCGGCGCUAUAUAUUCAAAAAAGGGGAUGGAGGUCUUGGCCAAGUAUGGGGUUGACGGUGAGACUGUAGAUGUACGGCGCGCUGCGCUGCGCUGCGUCGCAAAUGCGCUGCUGUUAGAUCCAAACAUGCGGCAACUUUUUGUCGAUACGGGUCACGGUGGUAAACUUGCAGAGAUGCUCAAGACCGAGUCAUCUGAAGAUGAAAUGGUAACCAGCCGCAUACUGUUUCUCUCCACCUAUGACACUACAAUGGACUUUGAGAAACUCAUAAACAAUCAUUCUCUGGGAGAUAAUGUCAAUUAUCAAAUCUUCCGUCAUUCCAAGCAGUUUCCCAAAUCCGGAAAAAAGCAUCUCUCGCAAAUGGAUGAGCUGGCUCUAAUCGACACCUUGAAGCUCAUUUUCAAUGUUUCAAAGCUGUAUCCGGACCUUGCUGCGGCCUUCACCCCUUCAAUUCCCUACAUCUUCAAGACCAUCAGCCGUAUAGACAUCCCUCCAAACCCCUUGGACGGUCUACUCGGCUACCUCCUCAACUGUCUGUCAACUCUCGACCUGGAGAACAAGAAGGGCAAACCUUUUGAGAGCAGUCCUUUGUUUCCGACUUUCAACCAAAACUGCAACGUUGACAAACUGAUCAACAUCCUGGACCAAGCAACAUCUCUAUACAGCCCUAGUGACCUCGAAACCAAGGCCAUCCCACUCCUCCACUCCUUGAUCACCAUCUACGACCUUGCACCGGACGGACCCCGUAAAUAUAUGGAAUGGCUACUCUUGCCUGAGGAAAGCGAUCGGAGCCGGCCUAUCGGACAAUCCGAUACACUCUCAUCCAAAUUGCUCAAGCUCUCUACCGCUCCCUACGCCAAUUUGAAAACUGCUAUUUGCGAGCUCAUGUUCACGCUUUCUGGAAAGAAUGCCGAAAACCUUACUAAAAACAUCGGGUAUGGAUUUGCGGCAGGUCUGCUGGCAUCUCGCGGCAUGGAAAUCCCACAGACAGCAGGGGAAGCAUUUGCCGCUGAAGAUGCAUUCGAUCCGGCACUCAACCCCAUCACUGGACAGAGGUGGGAUGCAGAAAAGCAGGAUACGGGCCCGCCCAUGACGAAGGAGGAGAAGGAACGAGAAGCAGAAAGAUUGUUCGUUCUAUUUGAAAGGGCCAAGGCCAACGGUAUCCUUAACGUUGAGAAUCCAGUUACGCAAGCUUUACAUGAAGGGAGACUGCAAGAACUGUCGGACUCAGAUAGUGAUUAG